UAUUAUAGUAUUCUUAUUUUUUGCAUAAAUAGUUCUACAUUUUUACAAACCAAAAUUUAAGGAAUAUGUUGUAUAGAAGAAGCAAGCCUUUUCAUAUGUUUAAUACAUAAAUUCAUAGUUGUUGUUAUGCGCUGAGAGGAAUUCAAAAUAAGUAAAAUGAGUUUUUUUUUUUAAUUUUGUCUUUCACAUGACUCUUGUUUUAGUCGGAUAUUUGUAAAUUUGCAACAACUGUUUUCUUUUUGUUCCACUUUUAGAUUCGUGAUCAUGAAUACAAGCAAUUUUCGUGAAAAUUUCGUCUUAAUUAUUUUUUUUUCUUCAGGCAUUAAACAAAAUACCCUGACAUUUUGAAUUUUUCUUAAGCUUAUUCAUUUUAUCGAUAAAUAUAAAAAUUUCCUUUUUAUAUUUGUAAACAAUUUCUAAUUUGUUUUUGUGUUCGCUUUGUAAAAAAAAAAAAAACAACAUUGAAGAUACCUAUCAAGGAAAUGGCUGCUGCUUUAAUUCCCCUGCUCUUCCUAACGAUUUUUUGGGGCAUUAUUGGCAUAGUUAUACCUCUGCUGAUACCUAAGGGUCCCAAUAGGGGUCUUAUACGCUGCAUUUUAGUGCUAACUGCUGCAAGUUGUUGGCUAUUUUGGUUUUGUUGUUACAUGUCACAAAUCAAUCCAUUGGUGGGUCCAAUGCUACCUCAAAAAGCCGUGUUUAUGAUAGCUAAGAAGUGGGGUUAUAAAAUGGAGUAAAGGAAAUUUUAUGAUAAAUUUUACAUUUUCAUAAUGCCAAAUUGUAAAGAGUACUUACGGUGGAUCUAUAAAACUAUUUCUUUAUAUUUAU